AUGGCGAGUGGCCCAACGAGGCCCGCAGUGAACGAGGCUCGUCUUCUCUUCGCAGCGGAGGUGUUCCUCGCAAACAUUCCCUCCAUCGUGUCAGACCUCGGCUCCGCCAAGUACGCACUGUUUUCUUUUUCCGAUAAGUCCAGAAAUGAAGUGAGGGAGAAGAGUUCACUGAUACCUGCGCUGAGUGACGCCUAUCGCGAGUUGCUCGAGGUGCGAGGCAGUCUGCGCGAGGAACAGCAGAGAUUGAACGAACUUGAGACGCAACUGGUGCGGUCGUCCCCGCCCAAGUUCCUCGCGAUGGAAGAGGUCCCUUCUGCAGGCACGCCAAGCGCAGUCCCCAUUACUGACAGCCGCUACAGCGAUUCUGCAGAGGCCCAAGGGGAAUUACUCUUGGAAGAAAAUUCUCUGACGCCCUCUGCUGCAGCUGCUGAAGUGACCACGUCUGCGUUCGCAGGUGGGGCAAAUAGCCAUGAGGCGCUCAACGGCGCUGCACUCAGCGGCGAUGCCGCGCAGCCUCUGGUGGUUUUGAGCACGGACGAUCUCAAGUGGGUGCGGGAAUCCGAGUCUUCACUUGAGGAGGAGCGCGAGAAGCUGGCGGCUCUCGCGAGGGAGACAAACGAGAUGGAGGAUCAACUGGAGGAGGACCGCUUCCGCUGCGAAGAGAUGGCAAAGCACGUUCAGAGCCUUAGGUGCAAGUACGAAGCCGUACGCACGGAACUUAUGGCAGUCAAAAGCGAGCGGUGGCAGAAAGCCACGCUACAAGAGGAAGGAGCAGGACGAACGGAGGUUUUCAAUGAGGCUCAGCGAGAGCUGGAGGAACUGUUUGCGCUCUGUCGACGCGAGGAGUUGGCGAUCAUCGCAGGUGCCGUAGGCGAGGUACGCGAACGUGCCUACAGAAGCCGCAAGGAGCUCGAAGAAAAGAAACGCUCUAACGAGGUAGAGCUGGCGGUGUACCAGAUUGCCUACAAGGAGCAACAAGCUGCUGCAGAUGAGCUAAAAGACGCUGUCAGUUAUUUUAAACGCCAGCAGUGGGAAUUGGAAUUGAUUGCAAAACGGCAGGAGAUCGAAAAGUUUAAAAGAAGUAGUAUACGUCGACUAUUGAUGUCUUCUUUGAGCAUGUCUUCGGACGCCAGAGAGAUGGCAACGGAGGAACUGACAGAGGAGCACCUUGAGGAAGUUCACGAAGAACACCGCAUGGUGAGUUUUUUGUCUGCACGCGUUGGUGUGAUGGAGGCGCGCCGAAAAGCGAUUGCGGCGGAGUUGCUUCACAUUUCCCCCUCAGAAACGGACUCCACCCGUGUGGAGUGUGCGCUGCGGCGCAUCCGAAACCUGUUGGAGGAGGAAAUCACCAUUGACGAGUCCACGCUGCAGGAGGACGAGGGUGUAGCCUCUUGA